ACGGGUAAGCGAAGCUGUAGGAUAUGGACAUGGCGACACAGCAGCAGCGAAAGUGCGGCCCCUGCGGCUUCUUUUCCUCUCGCGGGGCAGCUUCACGAACAGCUGUCCUGUCGGCUGGUCUCAUCUUCCUUUUGACUUUGCGUGUCUGCGAAUCCCUCCUCCUUGUGGCGGUCGGAGAAACACGCGCAGAGAGAACGACUGACUCUGAGGCGCGAUGGAGCGAAGUAUCCUUUUCUGCGGAUGCCCUGUAUCGCCGCAAGAACGAGCCUUCUCGAUCCUUGCUCCCGGAAUCUUCACCUGGAAUCACGCCGUCUUCCUCCGGGUCCUUUCCUACCUUCAGAGCCAUCCCUUCCUCCUUGGAGUCCUCUCCUAAGACGCCUUCCCCCUCCACCUCGUCGCCUUCCACGACGUCCACACAGUCCAAUUCUUUCACUCCUCCUUCUCUCGACUCCUCCCAAGGAUCUUCUGCCGGAGCUCGACUGAUUCUCCUAAUUGCCCUUCCGAUUGUGUCAGUGACAGCUGUGGCUCUUGUUGCUGGCGUGCUGUUCGUUGUCUGCCGGCGGCGGAAGGACGACAAGGCCUCGCAGCCAUCGCCGUGCAAGACUGGCGUGCCCUUGACACACGAAGCCAGCUCUGCGAAACCCUUCCGUCUGCGUGAGCUUCAGCGGUGUACGAACAACUUUGAUUCGCGCUAUCGGAUUGGAGAGAGGGGCGCUUCUGGCGCUGUUUACCGCGGUCAGAUCGGCGGCAGUGAUAAGGCAAUCAAGGUGAUGGCGGAGACACUAACAGCAAGCGAACUGCAGCGGUUUCUUUUGGACGUGAACUUUUUGAGCCGCCUGCCUCACACCAAUCUUAUACAGAUCGUUGGCUACUGUAACGAGGGGAGCAAGCGCAUAGUGGUGUACCCCUACUAUCCUGGCGGUAGCUUGCACGACCGCCUGCACAAACGAUGUGAGAUUCACGACGAAGCCCCCAUUCCGCCGCUGACGUUGCUGGAACGCAUGUCCAUCGCGUUGCAGAUCGCGGAAGCUCUUCGAUAUCUCCAUUCCGACGCGGAUCCCCACGUGAUCCAUGGGAGCGUAAAGAGCUGCAACGUUCUUCUGUCCGGUGGCGCCGAAGACAAUCUGCGUGCUGUCGUCACUGAUUUCGGCCUUGGCCUUCCCAUCGUCGCCGAGACAGUCUUGGAUCCGAGGUUCACCGGCACUGCUGGUUACCUCGCACCUGAGUACCUCACUAGGGGAAAAUGGUCAAAGACGAGCGACGUGUACAGUUUCGGAUUGAUCCUUCUGGAGCUAUUGACUGGUAAGCCGGCAAUAAGGCCGACAUCCGGCCCUCGUCGGGAAUUUCUCCAUUGCUGGGUUGAACAGUUUUAUACUCAAAACAGCUCGGGGCUCAUGCAAUCGUUCGUUGAUCCCUGCCUGCGAUACGAAGUUGGGAGCAGUACCGCCCUUACGAGCACGGUGGUGAGGGCAACCUCGUUGGCGAUGGAGUGCUCCACAAUGGACGCUAGGGAGAGACCGGAGAUUAUCAAUGUCGUUGACAGAAUGAGAGAAAUAGUGUCUGAGGUAAGGGAAGCGAGAUUGGACACGAGCGGGAAUGGCAGUUGAUCUUCUUGCGAUGAUUCCAUCUAGCGAUUUUUUUU